GUCGGCCAUGUACACGGACGAGGUUGGGCAGUACGAUUGGUUCCUCGAGCAGAUUGGCAAGCCCACGGCCCUCGCCUUUUCGGGCGAGCACCCAGACAGCAUCUACGCUGCCACCGAGUCUGGCGUGGUAGCAUCCUUGAUGAUGCAGGAUGGCCGCAUCCAGUGGAGAAGAAUAGCAUCGUCGGAUCCCAUUCGCCUUCUGCGAACCGCGGGGCGGGGCCUCGUCAGCGCCACGGAGGCCGGCUUGGUGCAAGCCUGGAAAGGCACUGGCGACCUCAGCUGGCAAAGAGAGUACGGCGAGAAGGUGCUGGACCUGAUUCCUGCUGGGGGAUCCGUCUUAGUGGUGAGCAAGCAAGAG